AAUGCUACUCGUCGCUAGGUUAUUCUCUCAACUAAUAUUGAGAAUAAACAUAUAACUCAGUCAACAAGGACAUCUUGACAAAACAUGGAAAAGCCUAGGAAUGAAUUGAAAUCUAAUCCCUCGGCAACUGCUAAUCUUCUUUCCAAGAUUUUCUUCUGCUGGCUCAACCCUCUAUUCCGCGUUGGGUACACUCGAAGGUUGGAGGAGCAUGACAUGUACCAUGUGCUACCUGAGGAUGGCUCUGAAUGGCUGGGGGAAGAGUUACAAAAGCUUUGGGACAAAGAGGUUCAACAGGCUGCAAAGGACUUCCGUUCUCCCAGACUAGGUAAAGUUCUCAUACAAUGCUACUGGAGAGCCUACGCUGUUUUUGGAGCUUACACAUUUAUAGAGGAGGUGAUCAAAGUAAUUCAACCUGUGCUGCUGGGCAAACUGAUUCAGUAUUUUGAGGGGCACCACCAUCCAGAUGCCAAGGUUGCCCUGUAUGAGGCCUACGGCUAUGCUGUGGGCAUCUCCAUCACCACUUUAGGCUUGGCUGUCCUUCACCAUCUUUACUUCUAUCAUGUGCAGCGAGCUGGGAUGAAGAUUCGUGUGGCCAUGUGUCACAUGAUCUAUCGGAAGGCUCUUUGCCUCAACAGUACAGCAAUGGGGAAAACAACAACCGGACAAAUUGUUAACCUCCUGUCAAAUGAUGUCAACAAGUUUGAUGAGGUGACCAUUUUCCUGCACUAUUUGUGGGUUGGACCCCUGCAAGCUGCAGCAGUCACUGCAUUGUUAUGGCAGGAGAUUGGACCAUCAUGCCUUGCAGGAAUGGCUGUUUUGCUUCUUCUGAUGCCAGUGCAAACCUUAUUUGGACAACUGUUCUCAACUUUCAGGGGAAAAACAGCAGCACACACCGACACCAGAAUUCGUAUAAUGAACGAGGUUGUGUCUGGAAUCCGGAUCAUUAAGAUGUAUGCGUGGGAGAGGCCUUUUUCAGCCCUGGUCAGUGAUAUACGGAGAAAAGAAAUCUCCAACAUCAUGAGCAGUUCGUACCUUCGAGCGCUGAACAUGGCCGCCUUCUUCGUGGCCAGCAAGAUCAUUGUCUUCAUCACCUUCGCCGUGUUCGUGCUGGUUGGGAACACGAUCUCAGCCAGCAGCGUGUUUGUGGCCGUGUCCCUGUUUGGGGCGGUGAGGCUCACCAUCACCCUGUUCUUCCCCUCAGCCAUAGAGAAGGUGGCCGAGGCCCGCAUCAGUGUCAAAAGGAUCAAGACGUUCCUCCUCUUGGAUGAAAUUGGAUACCAAAACCUUUGUCUGCCAGUAACUGACAAAAGGGAGUGCAUGGUUGAGAUUCAAGAUUUGAUUUGCUACUGGGACAAGACACUGGAUGCGCCAACACUUCAGAACAUUUCUUUGACUGUGAAGUCGGAGCAGCUCCUGGCCGUCAUUGGACCCGUAGGAGCAGGAAAGUCGUCUCUGCUGAGCACCAUCUUAGGAGAGCUGCCCCAGGACAGAGGGGUUGUCAAGGUGAAAGGGGAGCUGACGUACGCCUCCCAGCAGCCCUGGAUUUUUCCGGGAACCAUCAGGAGCAACAUCCUAUUCGGCAAGGACCUCAACCCUCAGAAGUAUGAAAGAGUCCUCCGAGCAUGUGCUCUUAAGAGAGACAUGGAGCUCUUGCCAGAUGGUGACCUGGAGGUGAUUGGCGACCGAGGGGCCAAUUUGAGUGGAGGUCAGAAGGCCCGUGUCAACCUUGCCAGGGCUGUCUAUCAGGACGCUGAUAUCUACCUGCUGGAUGAUCCGCUCAGUGCAGUCGACGCAGAGGUGGGAAAGCAUCUGUUUGAACAGUGCAUUUGUGGCCUGCUCAAGAAGAAGCCCCGCAUCCUGGUCACUCACCAGCUGCAGUAUCUGAAGGCUGCUGACCAGAUCCUGGUCCUGAAGGAGGGUCACAUGGUGGCUCAGGGCACCUUCUCCGAGCUGGUGAACUCUGGGCUGGACUUCACCACGCUCUUGAAGAGGGAGGAAGAGGAGGAGCCGCAGAGUCCCGAGCCCACCCACGAGACGCUGGGCCCGUACCCGGUCAACCGCUCCCUCUCCCAGAGCUCCGUCCCCUCCCACUGUUCCUCGAUGCUGUCAGUGAUGGACGCCACUGACCAGGGCCUGGUUGAGCGCACAGCAGUGGAGGAAACUCGCACUGAGGGGACUGUGGCCUUUGGCCUGUAUGCCAAGUACUACACGGCAGGCGCCAAUGUCUUCAUGCUUUUGCUCCUGGUCCUGCUCAAUCUGCUCGCUCAUAUUUCCUACAUCCUUCAAGAUUGGUGGCUGGCAUAUUGGGCUUCGGAGCAGGAGCAUCUCAAUGUCACGCAGCACAUCCUCAAUGGCCACAAUGCCUCGCAGCAGCUGGACCUUGACCUCUACUUGGGUGUUUACGCAGGUUUGACGGGCGCCGCCGUGCUGUUUGGCUUCGUGCGCAGCAUGAUGUUCUUCAACAUUCUGGUGCGGGCGGCCCAGACGCUGCACAACCGCAUGUUCUCCAGCAUCCUGUGUGCCCCCGUGCUCUUCUUCGACACCAACCCUAUCGGUAGAGUCCUCAACCGCUUCUCUAAGGACAUCGGCCAUCUGGACUCUCUCCUGCCGUGGACGUUUGUGGAUUUCAUCCAGGUGUUUCUGCAGAUCUUUGGCGUUAUUAUCGUUGCGGGUGUCAUCAUCCCGUGGAUCCUCAUUCCCAUAAUUCCCCUCCUCGCCGUCUUCCUGUACCUGCGCCGCUACUUCCUGCGCACCUCUAGAGACAUCAAGCGCCUGGAGUCCACGACACGCAGUCCCGUGUUCUCCCACCUGUCGUCCUCCCUGCAAGGACUGUGGACCAUCCGUGCCUUUAAAGCCCAAGAGAGGUUCCAGCAGAUGUUUGAUGCACAUCAGGACCUGCAUUCUGAGGCCUGGUUUUUAUUCCUGACCACCUCCCGAUGGUUCGCCGUGCGGCUGGAUGGCCUCUGCUCCAUAUUCGUCACUAUCACUGCCUUCGGAUGCCUCUUCCUCAGAGCCGACCUGGAGGCGGGAGGCGUGGGCCUGGCUCUGUCCUACGCCAUCACCCUGGUCGGGAUGUUCCAGUGGGGAGUGCGGCAGAGCGCCGAGGUGGAGAAUAUGAUGACGUCGGUGGAGCGGGUGGUGGAGUACACGGAGCUGGAGAGCGAGGCCCCCUGGGAGACCCACAAGAGGCCCCCGCCGGAGUGGCCCCGGAGCGGACACAUCACCUUCGACCAGGUCAACUUCUCCUACAGCAAGGACGGACCCCUGGUGCUCAAGAACAUCACCGCCACCAUCAAGCCCACCGAGAAGGUGGGUAUCGUGGGCAGGACGGGGGCAGGGAAGAGCUCGCUCGUCUCGGCCCUGUUCCGCCUGGCAGAGCCGCAGGGCAAGAUCUCCAUCGAUGGCGUGCUGACCUCCGAGAUCGGCCUUCACGCCCUGCGCCAGAAAAUGUCGAUAAUCCCACAGGACCCGGUUCUGUUCACGGGCUCCAUGAGGAAGAAUCUGGACCCUUUCAGCCAGCACACAGACGAGGACCUGUGGAAUGCACUCCAAGAGGUGCAGCUGAAGGCCGUGGUGGAGGAGAUGCCGGGCGGCAUGGAGACGCUGCUGGCCGAGGCCGGCUCCAACUUCAGCGUGGGCCAGAGGCAGCUGGUGUGCCUGGCCAGGGCCAUCCUCCGCAGGAACCGCGUCCUGGUCAUCGACGAGGCCACGGCCAACGUGGACCCCAGGACUGAUGAGCUGAUUCAGAAGACCAUUCGGGAGAAGUUUAAGGAGUGCACUGUGCUCACCAUUGCCCACCGCCUCAACACCAUCAUCGACAGUGACCGCAUAUUGGUUCUGGAUGCCGGACGGAUCCACGAGUACGACGAGCCCUACGUGCUGCUGCAGGACCACGAGGGCAUCUUCUACAAGAUGGUGCAGCAGACGGGCAAGCAGGAGGCCGCCAGCCUGCUCCACACCGCCAAACAGUCGUUCAUGAACAGGAGUGGCACGCGCAUGGUGAACGGCCUGCUGAAGGCGGGCAGACGCGAGGGCAGCUGCGUCCUGUUUGAGACGGCGCUGUAGGGCACCAGAGACCGGGCCCGCCUGUGCCCCUCUCUCUCCACGCCAGCCAGCCAGCCAGCCAGCCACUCUGGGAGGAGGACCGAGAGGACGUCUCUCUCUCUCACACACACAUACACGCACACACACACACACACACACACACACACACACACGUAUGCACGCACACACACACACACACACACACACACACACACACACAUACCUGUCUCCUAGUGAUUGAGGUAUAGUGCAAUACCUUGCUUAGAUGACCAUGCUAUCAUGGGUACAGUCAGCCCAGGUCAGGCAUGCCGUAGGCACGGUAGUAUAUCAGACUUGAAAUAACAUUUAAAAAUGCAGCACGCUACUACUCAGUUGAAAAUCAAUCGGAGCAAGUGCCUGAAAAAAGCCUCUGUGCCAGAUCUUGUGUGAAGCCGCUUUUGUCUCUGUUACUAAUGAGGUGUGAUCCGUUUCCAUUCUGCUCCCGUGUAUGUGUGUAGAGACCACGUGGUGACAGCUGUGAUCACAAGCGCAACUGUGUUUCGUCGCUCUGGAUAAAACACAGGUCAGUUUCAGGUUACUAUCAGUUCCAGACAGCUAUACAAACCAAUGAGUGUAUGAUGUACUGUACCAAGGAGAAAGAGUCCGCUCCGAGCACUUUUCACAAUUGUGACACGCGAGAGGGCAGUCCAUUGUCCGGGCAAGCAGGCCAGAGCUAAUGGUUAUGAAGGAUACUGUGCCUUGACCCUUUCACCAAUUGCACGUUUACUUUAUUCCCUCACAAUGACCAAAGUAGUCAUUAGCCUUUAGUACUGUAAACAGUAGUUCUGUCUCACUACCUCUAUUCUCAAGAGAAG